AUGUUUUCAAAGAAAUUACACGUUCGUGGUUAUUCAGUGUGAAAGAAAUCUACAAAAAGGAAAUCAUAAACUUGAGUGCGCGACUUUAAAAAUUAAAACACCUUAGUGAAGAAGAGAAUGGAAUUAUUUUUGGUGUAAUUGGAACUUGUGAAAUAUCAAAGAAUUCAUACAUGCAUAUGGUAGUUCGACUUAUUUCGUCGAUUUCCGUGUUUUCUUAUAUCAAGUGACAGUCGACAUGAUCCGGGGCCACAAUAAAAUCUUGUUACCACAAAAUUUUAUAAAUAAAUUGAAAGUACAAACACCAACUGAUACGAGGUGUUGUUGGAUGGGGUGCAUGGAUACUUGGACGUGAUGACAUAGUUUCAUCACAGGUGUGUGCUCGACUAAAUCACGGAACAUAACGAAGUUAACCGAUGUUAAAUGAGCUAUUUUGAUGAAUAAUGAGCGACUUUGCAGGAAAUUCUGCUAAACUUGCUAUAGAGAGCAUAAGAAACUCGCAGCUACGACAACAUUAUAUUGAAAUUGCUGAAACGACUGCGGAGACUAUAUUUCACGAAUCAAAACAUGCAGAAGUUUUGUCACCAUGCCAACGACUUGAUGUAUGGAAAGGAGCAGCAAAGAAAGCUUCGAAAUUACGGAAUAUCUUAAUGGAAGAGACUAGGGGUAAAAUAAGUCCAACAGCGUUGGCAUUUUCUAAACUGCUGAAAAAUAAGGCGCCAAAAUUUUCAGACAUCAUUGCAAGAUACUCUUACAGAACUUUUGGAAAAUAUGAAGAUGCUGAAAGUCUUCCAGAUUUAACGGAAUCGCGUCAAAUACGAGUAUUUCAGGAGAUUGUUAAAGCGUCUGGGAGAACAAAUAACAAAAUUAAUAUUGUGAGUAAAGUGAUAGCAUAUUUCAGCGUGAUUUCCUUGAUAUUGACGUUUGCAUUUAUUCUAAACGGAACUGUGAUCUCAGAAAACCCACUAACUUACAUCGUGCAUUGUGUGAUAACGUUCAAAUUAGGCCUAGUAGGUGCGUACCUAGGUUCUAAACUAGGUUCUUUGGGUGGCUAUUAUUUGGAACUAAAGCACAUCUAUGUUUUCAUACUGUCGUUAUGCGGAGGUCUUUGUAUUGGCACGGCCUCGGCGGUCUUUGGAGAUAUUUCUAUUACAUAUGUUACAACAUAUUUUCAUGAUAAUAUAUGAAAAAAUAUAAACAUAUGUUGUUUUUUUAAUCUAGUUAUAAGGAUGUAUAAAGGCAAUAAAAGGUCUGUAUCUAUUAUUAGACAAAAGGUGGAAUGCCUCACUAUGAAAGGAACAUAAAAUUAUUCGUUUAAACUAUUGAUAUGGUAACUAGCAUACAUACAAUCGGGAACUUUCUAAAUUUAUUGCAAACAAAUAUUAUCAAAAGUUAUUUCAGCAGCUAGGUUCAUGCAUUUAUGCAAGAUGACACAUUCGUGGAGAUUAAGCAUGAAAAAAUAACAAAGGGCAAUAACUUCAAAUAAUGAAAUGGGAUUUUCCAUUCUUGUCAACAACAUUAAUUCUAACAGUGACCUGUCCUCCAAUGAUGAUGAAAAUUACAUAGCUGUAUGAGUUUUCGUCUGAACACAAAUAUGCAGGAAAAGGAACAAAAGACAAUUGCUGAAUGAAUUGAAGAGCUAUUAAACUUGUUCAAUGCAUUCCUCCUAUAGAUGAGAUCUAUACCCCUAUAUAAAAUAUUAAGUUGAUAUUUCAAACACUUGUUAAGGUAUAAUCUGGAUGAAAAUAACAAAUGGCAAGAACUCAAUAGUUAUUAGAAAGAGAAUCAUCAUUCUUAAGCACUGCACUCCUUAAUUAUGUUUGUCCACCUUCAAGUUUCAAGGUGAUAUCUCAAAUACUUCUUAGACAUGCUCCGAACAAAAAUUAAGCUUGAAACUUUACAAAGGGAAAUAACUAAAAAAAUAUGAAAAGUAGUGUUAUACUGCUAGGGCAAUGCAAUAUUCUAUGAAAUUUCAUGUUGAUAUCUCACGCUCCGUA